UACAAGCAUUAAGUAUAUUAGCUAGGCAUCCAAAGGCCAAUCCUACAUAUCUCUAAUUUCCACCGUCACGAUCGCAGCUAGCUUCAACAGGAUCAAGCCUUCACCAUGAAACUAGCCCUAACAACUUUGACAUUUACGCUCCUGGUCACUGCAGGACAAUGUUUGAAGUGUUACAGUGGCAGUGGGUCCUUCAGUUCUUCUUUCAGUGAGAAAGAAUGUGCCUCUACUGAAGAGUGGUGUAUGAAAAGCAAGACAGGGGUUUCAAUCGCAACCGUGGAGACAAGAGGAUGUUUUUCGUCCGCUAGCAAUGAUGCAAUCAGUAAUGCCUGCCAGAGCGUGGACGUAGCUGGCAUUGGAACAGAAACUUGCUACUGCAACACGGACUUGUGCAAUGGAGCUCAAGGAGCUCGGCCAAUCAUUGGAAUGGCCAUGGCUUUGAUUUCGAUUGGGGUAUACUUUGUCAUUUGAUGAUUAACAAAGAGUGUGACAUUGAAUAAAUAUAUCUAAAAGAUAAAACCCAUUAAAAUGA